CUCCUCCUCAGUUUAUGUCAUCUGAUUAUUUUUCUAUUAAAUUAAACUUAAAUUUUUUAAAAACAAAUAUCGAUGGAGCAACAGGAACCUGCUUUAUACUAUCAAGUUAUUUACAAGCAAGCGUCAAGCGAGUUAGAUUUUCAAUAUUUGGAUAUUAAAGAAAUAGGAAAUUCUGAAUAUAUAGUAGAAACAAUUUAUAAUUUAUUGCCUGAUACUCCUUACUUGUUUGGUGUAAGAAUAAUUACCGAAGACGGAAAUUACAACGAUGAGAAUAUAAAUAUAGCAACUUACAAGACUUCGUGUUUAGUCCCUAAGAACAUCGACUAUGGAGUAAAACUGUUGUACGGUACCAAAUAUAUAAAUGUCACUUGGAAAAAGUACAACAGUGAACACGACUCGCGUGAAUGCAAAAUCAACCAUUACAUGUUGAAAUUGACGUUCGACGAAGAAAACGACUUGUAUGACGAAGCUAAUACUACGACCACUGAAUAUGUUUUCGAAAACCUAAUACCAGCCCAUGUUUAUACUGUCCAAGUCACAGCGAUGACAGAUUUAGGGCCCGUCGAACCCUCAGUAGUACUCAAUGUGACUACACAUUAUGAGCUUGGUGAUAUCGUUAUAGAAAACUUAAAAGCUAAACUACAAUAUUCAAACACAGGUGUUCAUUUAACUUGGGAGUUGAGAGACACAUACAUAGAUGCUGCCAUAAAUUACAUGAUUAAGUAUAAGAUCAAUCGAUUUGAUAGUUGUUCUUUAAACCCCGUUAAUAGUGACUGGACCGAAAUCAUUGUAAACAAUGAAAGGGAAUACGAUUUGUUGGACUUGAUUCCAAAUUCCCAGUAUAUUGUAAAUGUCCAACCGAUCGCCGAUGGUUACACGGCAGACAACAAUACCGAUAAAACAAUCUUUGUAAAAACUGCGCCUUCAACACCGAAGUUUGCGCCUGUUAUUGAUCCAAGUCAACCGUUGUACGUUAAUAAUGAAACUGCUUUAGUAAAGUGGAUCGUUGAUGAUAAGCAAUCUUGUACGCAGCUCAAUGGACUUUUGAGGGGUUUCCAUUUAAUUUUGAAAAACUUAAAAGAUGGAACACAAGAAGUCCUAGAAACGGAAGAAACCGCUAUAGAAUACACUGGUCUAACUCCUAACACUGAGUACGAACUAGAAGUUUAUAUAAAAACAACCAAAGGAUUCGACAUGGCUUAUAAGCUUUCGGUCCCGUUUAAAACCAAAACGGAAUUUUUAGCGCCGGUAGAAGAACUAACGGUCUACAAGAAGAACUUUAAAUUGAAAACCGUCAGUCUUAGAUGGAAAUAUUCAAACGAUUCCGAUGCCAAUGGUUUUAUAAUUCAAGUGUACAAUGACAAUGAAAAACUUAAAGCGAGACAAAUGACAAUAGAACCAUCACCGUGUAAAGCGUGGCCAAUGUACUAUUGUACAACUGUUGAUAAUUUAACAUCCAGUGCUGAAUACACAAUUAAAGUGAAAGCCAAAUCAAUUGAUUAUCCAACUGGAGGAUUCUUGUCAUCAGUUAAUUUUAACACAAUUGAUGGAUCUCCAAAUGAACCGGGAAAUCUUAGGAGUUCCUAUGUUGGGCCCACUAACGUAACGCUGGAAUGGGAUAUCCCGUGGAUGUUAAAUGGUGUAUUAAAGGCAUUCAUUAUAAACAUUGAGGAAAUAUCCGCCAUGGACGCAGACAAGUGUUGCACCAGUUUGCCAACGAUGGAGUUGCAAGUCACCGAAGAAACGCCAUUUUAUAAUUAUACGAUUGCCAACCUAAGACCCGGUUCGACUUAUUCCAUAGAAGUGAUGUCAAAGACGUCGUGGUACGGUCAAGCUAAGAAAAUACAAGUGACAACUUUGUUAGAUUUUCCCUCAGAAUUUCUCAGAUCAAAUAUUUCUGAGUCAGAUACCACGGAAAUUCCAGAUGAAGACAAUUUCACCGCACCAUAUUAUUAAAACUACAAGUUUUAAUAUUACAACAAUUAUCAAAUCUUUUAAACAUAAAAAAACUUUUCAAAUUUGUAUCUAUAUUAUUUAGAUAAAAUAUAUAAAUAUGUUACUAUGACACU